GACAAGACAAUAAUUUAUCUGGAACAAAAAGAUUUGCAACUAUUUUUUGUCGGACAACGAUAGAACAUUUCUUAAUCUCCCACAGAAUAUUAACAAUAUGAAGCCUUUGUUAACAAACACAAAAGUUAGGCACAGGAAAUUUGUUAUCAGUCCUUUGUUCUAAAACAAACUUCCUUUAUGAUCCGUAGGUACAGAAUGAUGUUGGAAACAAGAAAAAUACCAUGAUGAUGAGCAGGUAAAAGAGCUUACCUGCCUGGAACUAGUGGUCUGGCAAAUGAAAAUGGCAGCGCCCGCGAUGAGACGUGGUUUCAUUGACAACUUCGCCUCACCAGAAGAUUGGUACAUGGAGGUUGACGAAGACCUGUUCGACAUAAGUUACCUUCGAAGCACCACUGUAUGGAACCGGCAGCCACCAAGGAGACCUCGCCAAGGUAUACCCGAAUAUGGGCCCGAGACCUACAACCGGGCUAAUGAGUAUCUGUGCGAACCUUACAAAAAGGAUCCCAAAUUCAUCCUAACGACGUUGACAACCAUUCGCUCCUUUCGCGAUGCCAGAGCUCUGGGCUAUCACAUACCACACAAGACGGCCGAAAUUAUAUGCCAGCUGGUAUUUACUGCGGUGGCGGUGACAGAUGACUGGAUGUGUCUGUUUUACAACGCGUUCUUCCCUGCAUAUCUCGAAAGAGAACACUCUUGGGCUUCAGUUCAUUUGUUGAAGAGAGCAUUUUCGGCUCGUCCGGAGCCUUUUCGCAAGACUUUCGCUAAACACCUCAUAGCAUCUGUGAGAAUACCCAAAUACGUGCUUCAGGAUUUCGUAAUUAAUUUGACGAUAGAUAAAAGGGAUUAUCUCAUGAGAUCGAUACCACGCGUGGACCUGACGGCGGAGGCAUUCGUCCACAACUUGCCAACGAUCAAUGCGUUGUUUGUGGAGAGUGUCAAAGUCGACUCAACCUGCGACUGCGUGGCCUCUCUGCUUCAAACAUAUGGCAGCCACUGUUAUUCCAAUAGAGACUACGGCCGUCUGUUGCUUACGCUGUUAACGACGAACGGACUCUCCGGGUUUAAUCAAAGAACCCUGAAGGAACUAAUAGAGAGUCACUGUUCCGAGUUCAGAGGGCCUUGCAUGGCUGCAAUGGACGAAAUAAUUGGCCGGUUUGUCGAGAUUGAGUACCAGCGCACGAUGAGGGACAGCUUUGAUAAAAGUGAUCAAGCUAAAGAUAUCAAUAGGGCCGUCUAAUUUUAGUAAGUUAUUUUAUUUUAGUUAUGAUAAGUAAUUUGUGAGGUAGAAACAAUGUUUUACUUUGUAAUCACAUACUAGUGUGACUGUGCAAGUCUUAUGGCGCGUUCUAAAAGAAGUGCCGCAAAUAAAGGUAUACAUAAUUAAUAUUUAAAGUUAAAAUAUGAAAUAAUAGCGAAAACUUUAAUUUCAUUGAAAAAAUACCAACCAAUCAAUUUUUAAUUUGUGUACAUAAUUGUUAUAAUUUUUUUCUAUUUCUAUAUUUUCCUUGUUUUAAUAUGUUAUAGGUUAAAUUCUAUCCCUUUAUACUAGGUAAGUAGUUAUUCUGAUUAGUUAUGUAACUGUGUGAUUUAUUUUGUACUCAGUCUUGUUAUUGUAAG